AUGAAAAUAACAUUUCUUUUUUUUUUUUUGAGAACCAGCUUUCCAAAUCAAAGAUAUUUCCACAGACUUAUAAAUCGCCCACAUGAAUACCUCGACCCAAAAUAUCUUCCAAAAGAAUGGGACUGGAGAAAUGUUGAUGGUAUUAAUUAUGCUAGUACAACCCGUAACCAGCAUAUUCCUCAAUAUUGUGGCUCUUGCUGGGCUAUGGGAUCUACUAGUGCUAUUGCUGACCGAAUAAAUAUACUUCGUAAAGGUGCCUGGCCAACAGCUUACUUGUCUGUUCAAGAAGUAAUUGACUGUUCAGAUGCUGGAAGUUGUGAAGGAGGUGAUGACUUAGGAGUUUACCGUCAUGGACAUAAACAUGGCCUUACUGAUGAGACAUGUAACAACUACCAAGCUAAAAAUCAAAAUUGUAAAAAAAUGAAUCAAUGUGGAACAUGUUACACAUUUGGAGAGUGUUCUCCAAUUAAGAAUUAUACAAUAUGGAAAAUUGGUGAUUUUGGACGGAUAUCAGGACGUGUAAAGAUGAUGGCAGAAAUCUACAAGAAAGGACCUAUCAGCUGUGCAAUGAAAGUCACGGACAAAUUUGAAAAAUACCGAGGUGGCAUAUACCAUGAAUACAGCCAUUUACCAUAUGGAGAAAAUGGAUGGUUCCGGAUCGUAACAAGUACCUACAAAAACGACACUUAUAAUUAUAAUCUUUUCAUUGAAAAGACCUGUGGUUAUGGAGAUCCAAUCAUUCCUUAA